AUGUACUGGAGUGUUGAUGAGGUGGACUCUACACCUCAUUUCAGUCACACCAUGCCACGGAACAGGUUCCAGCUCAUAUGGCGUUUCCUUCAUUUCAAUGACAAUGCUUCACAGGAUGCAGCUGACAGACUGUACAAAGUCCGUCCAGUGUUAGACUAUGUUCUUGACAAGUUCAAGGAGCUGUAUCAGCCAGGGCAAAACAUUUGCAUUGAUGAGGGUAUGAUGCAGUGGAGGGGCCGCCUGUCUUUCAGGGUUUACAACCCACAAAAGCCUGUGAAAUAUGGGAUAAAGUCAUACAUUCUGUGUGACUCUGCGACAGGGUACUGCUUCAAUAUGCAGCCUUAUGUUGGGAGACCGAACACUCUGCAGGAUACCAUUUUCUCCCUCCUUGAUCGCCUCCCAGGCCAUGGCUAUAUGCUCUACAUGGAUAAUUUUUAUAAUUCUGUCGCGCUCUGUGAGCGUUUACUGGGAGCACAAACCAACGUCUGUGGGACACUGAGGAAGAAUAGGGGGGAACCAAAGACCAUCACAGACCUGGCAAAGACUGAUCUGGGGGUGGGGGAAAAAGUUGUGCUGCACAAUAAGAAGGUGAUGGUGGUAGCGUGGCAGGACAAGCGGCUUGUGAAAAUGGUGACAACCUGCCACAGAGAUAGCAUGAAGAGGGUUGAGGUGUGGCAGAAGGGACACAAAGAAAAGGUUCCCCUGUUCAAACCAGAGUGUGUUGUGGCGUACAACUUGUCCAUGAAUGGGGUGGACAAAUUGGACCAGAACAUCACGUACUACCCCUUCAUACGAAGGUCACUGAACUGGUCCAAAAAGUUUGUAGCUUAUAUUUUGCAGCUGUGCAUGUUUAACGCAUACAUAAUCUACAAACACAGAAACCAAGGAGAAUGCAAAAGCCUUCUCACUUUUAUUCGCAGGGUCGUGCAGUCCUGGACCACAAAACGUGUGGGCGAAAAAGAGAAGGGCGAUGAGAGGGAGGUGGGAGAGCAAGUAGAGGAAGCAGGUGUGGGGGCCGAGGGUGAUGGUAGGUCUACUCCGAGGGCGCCUUAUAAGACUGACCCAGAGAGCAGACUGGAUGGAAAGAUGGCCAACCAUCACCUGGAACCCCUGAUGCCCACCAGCAAUAAGGCGAGACCAGCACGAAGGUGUAGGGUCUGUGUACGUAGGGGCCUGCGCAGUGAGACCAGACUCUUUUGUAAGUCCUGUGGUGUCCCCUUGCAUGCCGGCGAGUGUUUCACUGCUUUCCAUACACAAAGACAUUAUGCUGAUGGGUGA